AUGCCAACUGGUACCUGCCGCCGCCCAGUGCCUGCUGCCGCCCAGUAUCUGCCGCUGCCAGGUGCCUGCCGCCGCCUUGAGCCUGCUACCACCCGUUGUUUGUCGCUGCCUGGUGCCUGCUACUGCCCAGUGCCUGCCGCCACCUGGUGCCUGCCGCUGCCCCGUGCUUGUCGCUGCCUUGGCCCUGCAACCACCCGUUGCCUCGCAAUGAACCGUGUCUGCCGCCGCCCGGCGCAUGCCACCACCUGGUGCCUUCUGCAGCCUAGUGCCUGUCGCUGCCUGGAGCCUGCUAACACCCGGUCCUGGUGCUGCCCCGUGCCUGCAGCCGCCAGGUGCCUGCCGCCACCUGGUGCUUCCCGCUGUCCAGUACCUGCCACCGCCCAGUGCCUGCCGCUGCCCAGUGCCUGCCACCACCCAGUGCCUGCCGCCGCCCAAUACCUGCCGCCAUCUGGUGCCUGCCGCUGUGCAGUGCCAGUCGCUGCCUUGUGCCUGCUACCAACCGGUGCCUGGCGCUGCCCCGUGCCUGCCGCCGCAAGGUGCUUGCCACCACCUGGUGCCUGCCGCUGCCCAGUUCCUGCAACUGCCCAGUGCCUGCCGCCGCCCAGUGCCUGCCACUGCCCAGGGCCUGAGACCACAUGGUGUCUGCCGGCGCCCCGUGCCUGUCGCUGUCUGGUUCCCUCUAAAACCUGGAGCCUGGUGGAGCCCUGUGCCUGCCGCUGCACGGGUCCUGCCGACACCUGGUGCCUGCCGCCGCCCAGUUACUGGAACCGCCCAGUGCCUGCCGCCACCUGGUGCCUGCCGCUGCCCCGUGCCUGUCGCUGCUGGGUGCCUUCUAAAACCAGGUGCCUGGCGAUGCCCCGUGCCUGCCACCACGUGGUGCCUGUCGCCACCUGGUGCCUGCCAAAGCCCAGUGCCUGCUACCGCGCAGUGCCUGCCGCCACCUGGUGCCUGCUGCUGCCCAGUGAAUGUCGCUGCCUGGUGCCUGCUACCACCUGUUGCCUGGCGCUGCCACGUCCCUGCCGCCGCCCGGUGGCUGCUGCCACCUGGUGCUUCCUACUGUCCAGUACCUGCCACUGCCCAGUGCCUGCUGCCGCCCAGUGCCUGCCACCACCCAGUGCCUGCCGCCACCCGGUGCUUGCCGCCACCUGGUGCCUGCCACCGCCCAGUGCCUGCCACUGCCCAAUGCCUGCCGCCACCUGGUGCCUGCCGCUGUACAGUGCCAGUUGCUGCCCUGUGCCUGCUAACACCCAGUGCCUGGUGCUGCCCCGUGCCUGCAGCCGCCAGGUGCCUGCCGCCACCUGGUGCUUCCCGCUGUCCAGUACCUGCCACCACCCAGUGCCUGCCGCCGCCCUGUGCCUGCUGCCACCUGGUGCCUGCCACCGCCCAGUGCCUGCCACUGCCCAAUGCCUGCCGCCACCUGGUGCCUGCCGCUGCGCAGUGCCAGCCGCUGCCUUGUGCCUGCUACCACCCGGUGCCUGGCGCUGCCCCGUGGAUGCCACCACAAUGGUGCCUGCCCUCACAUGGUGCCUGCCGCUGCCCAGUACCUGUCACUGCCUGGUGCCUGCUACCACCUGGUGCCUGGCGCUGCCCUGUGCCUGCCUCCACCUAGUGCCUGCCGCCACCUGGUGCUUCCCGCUGUCCAGUACCUGCCACCACCCAGUGCCUGCCGCCGACCGGUGCCUGCCGCCACCUGGUGCCUGCCACCGCCCAGUGCCGGCCACCGCCCAAUGCCUGCCGCCGCCUGGUGCCUGCCGCUGCGCAGUGCCAGUCGCUGCCUUGUGCCUGCCUCCACCUAGUGCCUGCCGCCACCUGGUGCCUGCCGCUGCGCAGUACCUGUCACUGCCCAAUGCCUGCUACCACCUGUUGCCUGGCGCUGCCCCGUGCCUGCCUCCACCUGGUGCCUGCUGCCACCUGGUGCUUGCCGCUGCCCAGUGCCUGUCGCUACCUGGUGCCUGCUACCACCCAGGACCUGGCGUUGCCCUGUGCCUGCCACCACCCAGUGCCUGCCACCGACUAGUGCCUGCCGGCACCUGGUGCCUCCCGCUGCCCAGUGCCUGUCACUGCAUUGUGCCUGCUACGACCCGGUGCCUGGCACUGCCCUGUGCAUGA